CUGUGUUCUUGUUAACAAAGCAGCAGUAUGGGGUGCAGACAAGCCCUGUGGGUGCUGUGGUUAGGCUACAUCAUCCAGGCCUCCCGGGCAGCGGUUUCUCUAGAAAACUACAAUGUGAACAAAUCGGAAAUUUCCGUGUCCGGUAUCUCGUCUGGCGGGGCGUUUGCCGUUCAGCUCCACGUGGCGUUCUCCAGUGUCUUCAAAGGCGUAGGCUCCGUCGCUGGAGUUCCAUACCACUGCGCUGGAGGGCAGCUAGGGACAGCCUUGGGCGCCUGUAUGUCUUCACCAUCCGGAAUAAACCACAACAACAUGGUCACGUACACCAGACAGAAGUCUAACUCCGGUGAGAUCGACUCCGUCUCCAACUUGGCAUCCUCUCGAGUUUACAUCUUCAGUGGCACUUUGGAUUCUGUUGUCAAACCAGGAGUUUCCCACCAUAUGGAGACAUAUUACCAGGAGUUCCUGAACAGCAAAUCGCAAAUAAAGUCCGUGUUCGACCUCAGAGCCGAACAUACUUUUCCCACGCGUAACUAUGGAAACCCGUGCACCCAGCUGGGAAGUCCUUAUCUAGGCAACUGUAAGUAUGACGCUGCCUUUGACCUUCUCCAGCACGUCCACGGAAAUCUUCGUCAACCGUCGGGGAGCGUUCCUCUUACCGGACAGUUUAUUGAGUUCGAUCAGACGGAGUUCAUCUCGAAAUCUCGCCGGAAGCGCCUGCUCUUCGACUCCAUGUACGAAAACACGAUGGCCAACUGGAUCUCCAUGUACACCACGAUGCCAAGCUGGACUAAUCUGCUGCCAGGUUCUAUGUACGACUGGACCAAGCACAUGCCGACAUUUGAUUGGACGAAGUUCUUGCCUGGGCUUGGGGGCUCAGGUAGUCUCCCUGGUAUCGGGUCUCUACCGGGCAUGGGGUCUCUUCCGGGUAUGGGGUCUCUCCCCGGUAUGGGGUCACUUCCGGGUAUGACAGGAUCGGGAGCCCAUAGUCUGGACACCAUCGGAUAUGCCUACAUCCCAACAGGCUGUGUUGCGAAGGGAACAGCAUGUAAACUUCACUUUGCGUUCCAUGGCUGUAAACAAGGAAGAGAGGCCAUUAAAGAUGUCUUUGCAAAACAUGCUGGGUAUAAUGAAGUCGCCGAGCUAAAUAACAUCAUAAUGAUCUACCCGCAAGCAAUUGCUGACAUGAUUGGUGGAAAUCCUAACGGCUGCUGGGAUUGGUGGGGCUACGCCGGAAGUAAUUACGAUACCAAAAACGGUGUGCAAAUGAAGUUUGUGAAAAGCAUUUUGGACAGACUCACUGGGUAGCUGGAAAAUCCUGUAUUAGACCUGAAUUUUAACCACAUGCAUGUAGAAAGGCAGAUAGGAAUAUACGUACAUAGAAUAUACGUCACUGUUGAGUCAAAAUGUGGAAAUAAAUACUUCAC